CUCACUUGCAAAUUACGGUACAAAUACAAACGUAACUCAUUACAAUCAUCAAAAAAGAAAGGAUCUGAAAACUUGUUAAAUUGUGAAUUACUUGCAAAGAGAAAUGACUCGUUUGAAUUAAAGAGCCAAGUAUCUUUUCCCAAAAAAAUAAAAUAAUAAAAAAUAAAAUUGGCAACUUCCUUUUUAACUUAAAUAGGCAAUAUGAAAAGAAAGAGUAAUUCAACUAUAAGAUGCUUUGUAAUUAGAAUGUCUUUUUCUGUAGUAAUUCUAUAAGAGUGUUUUUACUUUUAAUCCAUAACCAAUAAAACAGAGGAGCUUAAGUUCCUAAAAAAUGAUGUUGUUUGAUGCAAGGAAUAUCACUUUCCAUUCAAAAGGGUCGUUAUGAUGAACAUUUUUAUGGGUGCAAAUUACAAACUACCUUAAACAAAACUCAUCAGCUAUAUUCUGCUUGCAAGUUGCAACUGCCUUUCAAAAUUGGUCUUCUUUGUCCUAACAACCUCUUACACAUUAACUCCUCAAAACAAGGCUUAACAAAUCAUAAUCUUAACGCACAAGCAAUUUCCACCCACCAAGCCACAACAAAUAUUCCCAUCACUAUCCAAAACCCUUUCCUUCUUAAACAUUUCUUACAGAGAAAUAUUGCAUUGGCAGAACAUAUAUAUGUGUGUGUGUUUGUAGAUAAAAGAGCAUAUACAUAUAUAGAUUGUGGAGAGAGAGUCAUGCAAAAAAGUGAGGGCGCCAAUAAAAAAAAAAACCAAAAAAAGACAAUUUAGCAAUUGUUAAAAUUAGGACAUAACAGUAUCAAUCCAAUCCAAGAACCUCUAAACCCUUCUUCUCCCUCAAACCCCAUAACCCUUGCUUCUAUCUUUUGAUCAAGUGCCCUCUCCCUCCCUUGCAACUUCGGUUUCUAAUUCAAAGAAUUAGAAAUCAAGAUUUGGGGGCAAGAAAUCAUGGUUGGGCAGUCAAGAAAAUGGAUGAUACUUGUAGCAGCAACAUGGAUACAAGCAUUUACAGGGACAAACUUUGAUUUCUCAUCCUAUUCUUCUGACUUGAAAUCUGUUCUUGGGAUAUCUCAAGUGCAGCUCAACUAUCUCUCCGUGGCCUCAGAUAUGGGGAAGGCAUUGGGUUGGUGUUCUGGCGUUUCUCUCAUGUAUUUUCCUUUGUGGGCUGUCAUGUUCAUGGCUGCCUUCAUGGGUUUGUUUGGUUAUGGCCUCCAAUGGUUUGUCAUUCAAAGACUCAUCACUCUUCCUUAUGUUCUGGUAUUCAUUCUAUGCUUGUUGGCUGGAUGCAGCAUCUGCUGGUUCAACACAGUCUGCUAUGUUCUAUGCAUCAAACACUUCCAAGCGAACCGGGCACUUGCAUUGUCCCUCACAGUCAGUUUCAAUGGGGUAAGUGCAGCCCUCUACACCCUCAUUGCCAAUGCAAUAAACCCAAAUGAUGACACCAUCUACCUCUUCCUCAAUGCUCUAGUACCUCUCUUCACAUCCAGUGUUGCUCUCAUCCCCGUACUCCGCCAACCACCGAUUCAGUCACUUCCUGCUGAUGCCACUCGCCGUGACUCCAUCAUUUUUCUUUGCCUAAACAUCCUAGCUGUGAUCACAGGCCUAUAUCUACUCCUCCUCAACUCCCUAUCCUCUCAUGUAUCGAAAGCUCGGAUGCUCUUAGUUGGUGCUCUUUUUCUCCUGAUCCUACCUUUGUGUCUGCCUGGCAUUGCAUAUGGUCGUGAAUGGGCUCGUAGGAACUUCCCCUCAAGGUUCCCUUCGGACAACUCAUCUACCUUCAAUUUGGUUGACCCUGAUGAUCUUGAGCUCCAUAAAGUACUCAUUGCAGGAAGUGAAAGCACUAAUGCCACAAGUGCCACAAAUGCUAAUUCGCUUGGGAUGACAGACACGGAAGGCUUUUUCAGGUGUUUCAAAUGUUUUGGGAAGGUGAUGGAGAAAGGCAGGUUGACAGUGCUAGGUGAAGAGCACUCAGCUAAACUGCUUGUACGCCGCCGGGAUUUUUGGCUAUACUAUGCUGCAUAUUUUUGUGGGGGAACAAUUGGGUUGGUCUAUAGCAACAAUCUCGGUCAGAUUUCACAAUCACUUGGAUACAGUUCCCUGACUAGUUCCCUAGUCACAUUAUACUCUUCAUGCUCCUUCUUUGGUCGUUUGCUCUCAGCUGCCCCGGAUUUCCUGCGUGAUAAGAUCUAUUUUGCAAGAACUGGAUGGCUUGCAGUUGCUCUGGUGCCAACACCAAUUGCCUUCUUUUUGCUUGCUGCAUCAGGCAGUGAGGCAAUGCUGCGUGCAGGAACAGGCUUGAUUGGGAUAAGCUCUGGCUUUGUGUUUUCUGCAGCUGUUUCAGUUACAUCAGAGCUUUUUGGGCCAAACAGCGCUGGCGUAAACCAUAACAUCCUUAUCACCAACAUCCCAAUUGGCUCACUCCUAUAUGGCCUUCUUGCAGCUCUGGUGUAUGAUUCCAAUGAAGGAAGCUCAAUAAUCGGGGUGAGCUUGUUAAAGGAUGCAACAUUGUGCAUGGGUAGGUCAUGCUAUAGGCAGACAUUCAUAUGGUGGGGCUGUAUUUCAAUAGUAGGGUUAGCUUCAAGCUUAUUCCUAUUCCUACGGACCAGGACUGCUUACAACCGCUUUGAGAGGAACAGAAAUCGGACACAAGUCAUGCAAUCCUACUCACAGUCCUCCUCACAAUCCUCCUCACAGUCCUCCUCUUAGUCUCAAGUUCACAUAUUUCACAUAUUAUAAUAGUAACUUCUGGAAAAGCUUAGAUGUAUGAGAUUUGAAUGAGAGUUAAAAACAUGACAACAUAGAUACAAGUGAUGAGUAUAUGCUUGUUUCUCUGACUAGGAAGAUAACCAGAUUACAUGUAACAUAGAACUUAAGAUGUCAGAAAGAAAAGAUUAGAAAGUUCUGUAGAUGGCUUCUUACUUUCUUUUGGGGUAUGACUUUCUCAUUUUAAUCCAAGUGUAGAAAAUAGAUCUGCUUGCACAGCUUUCCAUCAUCAUACUAAAAACUGAAACUGUUUACUACUAUCUUAUCCAAGACCAUCAGGGAUUAAAGUCCGUUUGGUUCAAGGAGUCAAUAGCACAAGUAGUGAAGUGGUUAAAAGAAUAGAUACUUCAAAGUAAAUUUACAAAAAUAUGUGAAUAACGAACAGGAAUGCAAGAACCAGGCAUGUGAUCUAGUACAUCAACUACCCUAAUCCUAACCCUAACCCUUUUCCAUAUUCCCUUACUACCUGGGCUAGCCCCAAACCUUAUGAACCGAUUCAACUUUUACUAUCUAAACUACUCCAAUGAACAGGAGUUCAAACAGACAGAUUGUUUUUGUUCUCUUAAGCUCCUACUCAUUACAUUUAAGAUUUAACUAAUGUUCAAAACCUAAACAUUCUUAUCUAAAGUUGGCUGGGAGACAACUAAAUUAGAUUUAACAUAGACUAAACAGAGAGCCUAGAGUUUUAAUAUAUGUGUGACAUCCUCUUUCAGUUACAUCAGAAUUUAAUUCGUGAAAAUUCAGUCCUUCAAGCAAUGAACCGUGAUGGCCACAUAAAACCUCCACACUAAUCAGAAAA